AUGAGCAACGUCACGGUCACCGACAACACUGAACCCAUCAGUCGCACCAUGAGUCCGGCAACCCCCAGCCCGUAUCCCUAUCCUGUCAGUUUCCAGGUCUCUCUGACUGGCUUCCUCAUGCUGGAAAUCCUCCUGGGAAUGAGCUCUAACCUCACUGUGCUUGCCCUCUACUGUAUGAAGUCGAACCUCAUUAGUUCCGUCAGUAACAUCGUUACUAUGAACCUCCAUGUGUUGGAUGUGCUAGUUUGUGUGUGCUGCAUCCCCCUCACUAUUGUGGUGGUGUUGCUCUCCUUGGAGGGAGACACUGCCCUCGUCUGCUGCUUCCAUGAAGCCUGCGUCUCCUUUGCUAGUGUCGCCACUGCUGCUAAUGUGCUUGCCAUCACCCUUGAUCGCUACGACAUCUCGGUCAAACCAGCCAACCGGGUGCUGACAAUGGGCCGUGCCCUGACACUGCUGGCUGCCAUUUGGGUACUGUCUUUUGUUAGUUUCCUCGUCCCCUUUAUUGAGGUGGGCUUCUUCGCCCAGGGUCACGCUGAUCUGAACCAGACAGUGGUGGAGAAUGUGGUCCACACUAACCAGUACUAUACAGAACUUGGCCUCUAUUACCACCUGCUUGCUCAGAUUCCUAUUUUCUUCUUUACUGUCGUUGUCAUGCUCAUCACCUACUCAAAGAUCCUGCAGGCACUCAAUAUUCGCAUUGGCACACGUUUCCACGCUUCACAGAAGAAGAAGGCUCGCAGGAAAAAGCGGCCAUCCAUGACAGCCAUGACAACGCAGCAAGAGGCCACAGAUGCAUCCCAGAGCAGUGGCAGUCGCAACCCCACACUGGGAAUGCGUACCUCUGUCUCUGUCAUCAUCGCCCUGCGUAGAGCUGUUAAGCGUCACAGAGAAAGGCGAGAGCGCCAAAAGAGGGUUUUCAGGAUGUCCCUCCUGAUUGUUUCUACCUUCCUGCUGUGCUGGACGCCCAUCACAGUGCUCAACACAGUUAUCCUGAGUGUGGGCCCCAGUGACCUAAUGGUCAAGUUGAGACUAGGCUUCCUGGUCAUGGCUUAUGGGACCACUAUCUUUCACCCUCUACUCUAUGCCUUUACUAGGCAGAAGUUUCAGAAAGUCUUGAAAAGCAAGAUGAAGAAGCGAGUGGUGUCGAUCAUUGAGGCAGAUCCUAACCCUAAUAAUGCCAUUAUCCAUAACUCCUGGAUUGACCCAAAGAGGAACAAAAAGGUGACAUUUGAGGACAAAGAUGCCCGACAAAAAUGUCUGUCUUCUGAGGACGUGGAAUGA